GAACAAUGUCUAAUCUGAAAAAAACUAGAAAAGAAUAUCGUAAAGUUUUAACAAAUGAUGAACUAUUUUAUGACCCAGAUGUGGAUGAUGUAAAUGAAUUAUGGAUGCAAAGAAAAUUAUCAAAACAUAACAAAACAUCUUCAGAUCAAAAAACUUCAACUACUACUUCUACUAAUGAAACUGAUGCAAUAUUAUCAUGCCCAAUGUGUUUUACCAUAUUAAGUUAUCAAACACAAAA